GCUGCUGCUUGUGAAAAAUCGAUGUGCGCAGAAGCGCUGCGAGAUUAGCGCAUGCGUAGAACCUUGUGUGAUAUGCGCGCCUGAUCAGAAGAGCUGCAGAGGCAAACCUUCUGUAUCAAACAAAUAUCUCUGUUUGUAAGGUGCUGAAACAGAAGGCAAGCCGGAGAGUAAAUAGCGUUUGAGCAUUGUGUCUCGCGCUUUCCCACUCCAUUUUUCAGCCUUCGAAAUGGCAGAUAAAGAAGUCUAUGAUGAUGCAGUGGAGGAGAGGGUCAUCAACGAAGAAUAUAAAAUAUGGAAAAAGAACACGCCUUUCUUGUAUGACCUGGUCAUGACACACGCUCUUGAAUGGCCCAGCCUCACAGUUCAAUGGCUCCCUGAUGUGAACAGACCGGAGGGAAAGGACUACGCUGUCCACAGACUGGUGUUGGGAACACACACCUCAGACGAGCAGAACCAUUUGGUGAUUGCCAGCGUUCAGGUCCCGAAUGACGAUGCCCAGUUCGACACUUCACAUUAUGACAGCGAAAAAGGAGCAGAGUUUGGCGGUUUUGGAUCAGUGAGUGGCAAGAUUGAGAUCGAGAUCAAGAUCAACCACGAGGGGGAGGUGAACCGGGCGCGCUACAUGCCCCAGAACCCCUGCAUCAUCGCCACCAAGACGCCCACCUCAGACGUGCUGGUCUUCGACUACACCAAGCACCCCAUCAAACCAGACCCCAGUGGCGAGUGCAGUCCGGACCUGAGGCUGCGCGGCCAUCAGAAGGAAGGCUACGGCCUCUCCUGGAACCCCAACCUCAGCGGCAACCUGCUCAGCGCCUCCGACGACCACACAAUCUGCCUUUGGGACAUCAGCGGCAAUCCAAAGGAGGGCAAGAUCAUCGACGCCAAGACCAUCUUCACGGGGCAUACGGCCGUAGUGGAGGACGUCUCCUGGCACCUCCUCCACGAGUCUCUCUUCGGCUCCGUGGCCGACGAUCAGAAGCUCAUGAUCUGGGACACACGAUCCAACAACACGGCCAAGCCCAGCCACGCUGUGGACGCCCACACGGCCGAGGUCAACUGCCUCUCCUUCAACCCCUACAGCGAGUUCAUACUCGCCACUGGCUCCGCAGACAAGACUGUGGCCCUCUGGGACCUGCGCAACCUCAAACUCAAGCUCCACUCGUUCGAGUCGCACAAGGACGAGAUCUUCCAGCAGGUACAAUGGUCCCCUCACAACGAAACCAUCCUGGCAUCCAGCGGCACUGACCGGCGGCUGAAUGUGUGGGAUCUAAGUAAAAUUGGAGAGGAGCAGUCAGCUGAGGAUGCAGAGGAUGGACCUCCAGAGCUGCUGUUUAUCCACGGCGGCCACACAGCCAAGAUCUCCGACUUCGCCUGGAACCCUAAUGAGCCCUGGGUGAUCUGCUCCGUGUCGGAGGACAACAUCAUGCAAGUCUGGCAGAUGGCGGAGAACAUUUACAACGAUGAGGAACAAGACACCCCCGCCUCAGAGCUUGAGGGCCAGGCCUCGUAACCUCACUGCCGGACGGGAGUGGUAGGAGGGUAAUUGUGGGAUAACGUUGCCUCUGCUGCCCUACCCCACUCAUGCCAAGGUUUCAGUCGCAACAAUCUGGCUUCCGUUUCCCAAAACCAUAGUUGUCAACUAAACCACUUGGUCAGCAACGUUAUUUAGUUGAUUGCAAUGGAAAAUGUACAAUUACCGACCAUGUUUUUGAACUGGUUUUGCACCUGUGGUGUUGGGAAGUGCAUCCCUGUUAAUAGUCUGUCUGCCUUUAGUUGUUUCUCUCCCCCUUUUUCGUGUCAUGUGAGAAAUUGUCAGCACCACCCCUUUUUUCCCCGUCAGCCUACUAGCCCAAGUGCAGGAUUACCUGACCUUACCUGACCCUUUCUUGAACCCAAUUCCCUUUUUUGUAAUCAGUGUUGGGUAGGUGUUGCUGGAAUGACGUUUAAAUGGGUAUUCCAAGGAAGAUCUUUUAGCUACUAGCUAAUCAACUAGAUACAGAAAAUGGUAAACCUCCUUCUCAAAGUCUUGUGUGGUGAAUCCUCAAUGUUCAGGACAUUGUACACUACCUUGGGCACACAACAGUGCAACUUGCCCAAUUGAGUAAUUAAGUGAACAUUUUAAAAAUGGCAUUUUUCCCCCUUCUGGACACCAAGCCAUAGAUUAAGCUAUUAGGUCUACCUUUUUGUAAAAGUGAACAUAUCCAGGGAAAAAGAUAUUUUGAAAACAGUGGAACACCCCCAGUCAGGCUUUUUGUUUGUCUUUUGAUUUAGUUGAGCGGAAGUGGGUUUCGAGGGUGGUUUGGAUUUUUGUCCCAACAAAUGCACUUGACAGAUAAAAUGCUGUGGCCACACAAUCCAUUCUGUACUACCACACACCCUCACAUGGGACAGAUGGCAGGGUCUUUUUUUUCUCUCCGGAUUUUCAUUUUUGUGCAUAACUUGAUGUGAAUUGCAAUAAAACUUUUUGUAAUAACUUUUAAUAACA